GCCCGCAGUUUCUCUGCCAGCCCGGCUCAGGCAUGGCGACCUCGGCGGCGGGGCUCGUAGUCAUAGUUGGCAGUGGCAUCAUUGGGCGAAGCUGGGCUAUGUUGUUUGCCAGUGGAGGCUUCAAGGUGAAACUGUGUGAUAUUGAGCAACAGCAGAUAACAGACGCCCUAGAAAACAUCAGAAAAGACAUGAAGUUGCUGGAGCAGUCAGGCUCUCUGAAAGGCUCUCUGAGCUCAGAACAGCAGCUGUCACUCAUCUCUGGUUGCUCGAAUAUUCAAGAAGCAGUAGAGGGCGCUAUGCACAUUCAGGAAUGUGUUCCAGAAGACCUACAAUUGAAAAAGAAGAUUUUUGCUCAGUUAGAUGGAAUCAUUGGUGAUGAUGUUGUCCUCAGCAGCUCCACCUCGUGCCUAUUGCCUUCCCAGCUGUUUGCUGGAUUGGUGCAUGUGAAGCAGUGCAUUGUGGCUCAUCCUGUGAAUCCCCCGUAUUUUGUCCCGCUGGUGGAGUUGGUCCCACACCCAGAGACAGCCCCUGCGACAGUGGACAGGACCUACACCCUGAUGCAGAAGAUCAGACAGUCCCCUGUCAGGAUCCUGAGGGAGGUCGACGGAUUUGUCCUGAAUCGCCUCCAGUUUGCGGUCAUCAGCGAGGCCUGGAGGCUGGUGCAGGAAGGAAUAGUGUCUCCAAGCGACCUGGACCUCAUCGUGUCUCAAGGCCUGGGCCUGCGAUAUGCGUUCAUUGGACCCCUGGAAACCAUGCAUCUCAAUGCAGAAGGUAUGUUAAGCUACUGUGACAGAUACGGUAAAGGCAUAAAACAUGUCCUCAAGACUUUUGGACCCAUUCCAGAGUUUUCUGGGCCCACACUUGAAAAGGUUCACCAGGCCAUGUGUGUGAAAGUCCCAGAUGAUCCUGAGCACUUAGCUGCGAGAAGACAGUGGAGGGACCAGUGCCUCAUGAGAUUUGCCAAACUGAAAAGUCAGAUGCCAUCCCAAUAAAGUUUUUUUGUUUUUAAAAGAUUUUUAAAUUGAUUUUUAGAAAGAGAGGAAGGGAGAGGGAUAGAGAG